AUGGAUGAAUUAAAGACUACAUAUACAUUUGAAGAUAUAAAUCCAAUAUAUGUUGGAGGUACAAGUGCAAGUAUUUCUACUUCAAAUGGGGAAUUCUUAGCUACACCAUUAAAUGAAGAUGUGAUUAUUACAAAUUUAUUCACCAAUGAAAUAGUACAUAAAAUUGAUGGAGAUGGAGAAGUAAUUACAAGUUUAAUAAUGACACCUAAUGGAUCUCAUCUUGGUUUAGUUUCCCAAUCUCAACAAUUAAGAAUAUUUGAUUUGACUAAAGGACAAAUCACCAAGAAUUUCAAAUUACCAUCACCAGUAUAUAUAUCAGCAGUUGAUUCUACAUCUAGUUUAUUUGCCUUUGGUGGAUCAGAUGGGGUUAUUACUGUUUGGGAUAUUGAAAAUGGAUAUGUUACACAUUCAUUAAAAGGACAUGGUACUACUGUUUGUUCAUUAAGUUUUUAUGGUGAAUUAAAUUCUCAAGAUUGGAAAUUAUCAAGUGGUGAUACUAUGGGAACAGUUAAAAUUUGGGAUUUAAUUAAAAGAAAAAGUAUUUUCACAUUGAAAGAUCAUAAUGCAGCAGUUAGAGGGGUUGGAUUUAGUAAAUCAGGCGAAUUAUUUUUAUCUGGUGGUAGAGAUAAUGUUGUUAUUCUUUAUAAUACUAAGAAUUUCAAAACUGUAAACACAUUCCCUGUUAAUGAACAAAUUGAAGCUGCUGGAUUUGUUGUGUUGGAUGAAAAGCAAUUUUUUUAUACUGCUGGUCUGGAAAAUAUUUUAAAAGUUUGGGAUAUGCAAACAGGAGAUUUGGUUGGAAAAUCCCCAACUCCAUUGAAAACUAGUGAAGAAUUGUUAAUCAUUGAUGUAAUAAAAAUGCAAGAUAAUAAUUUAUACUUGGUUAUUAGUGAUCAAACAUUAAUUGAAUUAGAUUUACUAGAUUCUAUUCCAGAAGGUAAUGACAUUGUUGAGUUUUCAAUUGUUAAAAGAAUUGCUGGUAAUCAAGGUAUUAUUGCUGAUAUUAAAUACGCUGGUCCAGAAUUCAACCUAUUAGCAAUGGCAACUAAUUCUCCAGCAUUACGUAUUGUUGAUCCUACCAAACCAUUAGAAUUGAAAUUAUACGAAGGACAUACUGAUAUUUUGAAUGCUAUUGAUGUUUCAAAUGAUGGUAAAUGGAUCGCCACUGCAUCUAAAGAUAAUGAAGCAAGAUUAUGGAAAUGGAAUGAAGAAACUGAAGAUUUUGAAUCUUUUGCUAGAUUUCAAGGUCAUGCAGGUUCUGUUACUGCUAUUAGUUUAUCCAAAUCUUCUGAUGAACCAAAGUUUUUAAUUACUGGUUCUAAUGAUUUAACUAUUAAGAAAUGGAAAAUUCCAAAUUCUCAAGAUUCAGUUGUUAAAACUUCUGAAUUUACAAGACGUGCUCAUGAUAAAGAUAUCAAUUCUAUUGAUGUUGCACCAAAUGAUGAAUUUUUUGCCACUGCUUCUUAUGAUAAAUUAGCCAAAAUUUGGCAAGUUGAAACUGGUGAAACAGUUGGUGUGUUGAAAGGUCAUAAACGUGGUUUAUGGGAUAUUAAUUUCUAUAAAUUCGACAAAUUGGUAGUUACAGGAAGUGGUGAUAAAACAAUUAAAGUUUGGUCAUUAUUAGAUUUCACAUGUAAAAAGACAUUAGAAGGACAUACCAAUUCAGUUCAACGUGUUAAAUUCUUUAACAAAGACCAUCCACAAUUAUUAUCAUGUGGUGCUGAUGGUUUAGUGAAAAUCUGGGAUUAUAAACUCGGAGAAAUAAUAAAAUCAUUAGAUAAUCAUGAUCAAAGAAUAUGGGCCAUGGAUGUGAAAAAUGAUGGUGAAGAAUUUGUUACUGCUGAUGCCGAUGGUAAAGUAAGUCAAUGGAAAGAUAAUACUGAUGAAGAAAUCAAACAAAGAGAACAACAAGCCAAGGAGAAAGUUGAACAAGAACAGAGUUUAAGUAAUUUCAUUAGAAAUAAAGAUUGGAGUAAUGCAUUCUUGUUAGCAUUAAGUUUAGAUCAUUCAAUGAGAUUAUAUAAUGUUGUUAAAUCUUGUAUUGAAACCAAUGAAGAUCAAGAUUCUACUAUUGGUUCUUUCAAAUUAGAAGAAGCAAUUGGAUUAUUAAAUGAUGAACAAUUAAUCAGAUUAUUUAAGAAAAUCCGUGAUUGGAAUGUUAACUUUAAAUUUUUUGAAAUCAGUCAAAAAUUAUUGAAUGUGGUUUUAAACAAGUUUGGUGCUGAUAAAUUGACAGAAAUCCCAGGAUUAACAAAAAUCACAGAUAGUAUUGUGCCUUACAAUGAACGUCAUUAUUCCAGACUUGAUGAUAUGGUAGAACAAACAUAUGUUUUAGAUUAUACUAUUGAACAAAUGAAUAAACUAAUCGCAUAG